AUGGUUUUUGUGAAUACACUGGCUUUGCUAGUUUUGUUAUUGGGGCAGCCAUUAUGGCUUCUAUUUUUUAUCGGAUUGCAGAAUUUCAAAAGUAAAGGAGAAUACAUCGAUGAAAUAUCGUUGGAAUCACGACGAAAUUCAGAAUGCUUCUAUCGUUACAUCAAAAGAGAUCAUCAUCAAAGUUUUGCGGAAUGGCUACAUAAAAAAAAUUCUUCUCAUUAUACGCCAAUUGCACCAACCUAUCAACAAUCGUUGUUAAAUUUACAGUUAAAUGCAUUGAAAGAUGGAGAACAGGUAACGCAUGGAAUUGCCGACUGUGAAAUACCGGAACUGCCGAAAAUAACACCGGAUAUACCGCUGAGAGAACGUGCAUUGUGCCAUUUCGAAUAUUUUCUUAAUUAUAAUCCAUUGAGAGUACCGGCGGCACUGACGGAAGUACGUUGCAUGUGCGCGCAUCCGCCGUCCAAAAUGAUCGGUAAGCGAAUCUUUGAGUGUGAGCCGCUUCGCUAUCAAAUUCGCGUGCUAAAAUUUGAUGAACUGUGCCAAACGUAUUCGGAACAAAUUGAAAUAAUCACUUUAGCAUGUAUACCUGUGCUACAAGCAACUGCAAGAGCGGAUGGUGAAAUGAAAUUUAUGGUUCCGGAAAGAUUUCAGGGUCCGAUCAAGAAAAGAUUCCGGUACGAUUAUGAUGACUUUUAUGAUGAAUAA